AUGGCACCGCGCUCCGUUUCUGCGGGGAGCUCCAAGUCGACCAAGGCAAAGGCCAAGGCUGCGCCCGCCCCGGCCCCAUCAAAACGCGGCCACAAGCGCGCCGCCGCAUCGCCUGAGAUCGACGAAGACGAGGAUGAGUUCGCCCGGCUCGGAGGCGAGGAAGUCGAGGACGACGACACGAGCGAUGAGGAGGACCUCGACGACGAGGAAGACGGUUCCGAGUCCGGCUACAACUCGUCCGACAUUGAGGCGAUGUACGCUUCUUCGCCUGCUAGCUCGACGAGCGACCUCCUCGCCUCGCCCAAGUCGGACACCCACGAGCUCACUGUUGACGAGAAGCUGUCCCGGAUGAUCGCAAAGAACACGGUCAAGCCCGACGAGAACAUUGGUGCGGAGGGUCAGCUGUCGAACGCCAAGAAGAGCAAGGGUGUUCUUCGCCCGUCGCGCCUGGUCCCCGGCGGUUACACGCGCGAGUAUGACGAGAUCGAGGCUGGCUACGGAUCAGAGAGCUCGACCGAGGACAACCCGAACACGAUCGGCAACGUCCCUCUCGAGUGGUACGACGACCUGCCGCAUAUCGGUUACGACGUGAACGGACGAAAGAUCUUCCGUCCCGCGCGUGGAGACGAGCUCGACAAGUUCCUCGCCAACACGACCGACAUUGCGGCCUGGACGAGUGCCGAGGACAAGCUCAUGGGCCAGCAGGUCCAGCUGACCGACCAGGAGCUCGACAUCAUCCGCCGCCUUGAGCGCGGUGAGAACCCCGACGCCGACUUCGACCCGUACCAGUCCACCAUUCAGUGGUUCACUGGACCGGGUAACGAGUCUGUCUUCCCGCUCUCCGCUGCGCCGGAACCGAAGCGCCGUUUCGUCCCGUCCAAGUGGGAGCACGCCAAGGUCAUGAAGAUUGUCAAGGCCAUCCGCGAGGGCCGCAUCAUCCCGAACAAGCCCAAGGUCGAGCAGCCCACGGUGUUCGCGAUCUGGUCGGACAACGACACGCCGCACCCCGACCACGCGAUGUACAUGCCUGCGCCGCAGCUGCCGCCGCCGAAGACGAAGGAGUCGUACAACCCGCCCGAGGAGUACCUCCCGACAGAGGAGGAGAAGAAGGAGUGGGAGGAGCUCGACAAGGAGGACCGGAAGGAAGACUUCCUGCCCGAGAAGUACGACGCGCUCCGUCUUGUGCCCGCGUACAAAAACCUCGUGCAGGAGAAGUUCGAGCGCUGCUUGGACCUGUACCUUGCCCCGCGAACGCGCAAGGUCAAGCUCAACAUCGACCCCGAGAGCCUCAUCCCGAAGCUUCCAUCCCCGCGCGAGCUGCGUCCCUUCCCGACCACGCAGUGCGUGCAGUACCGUCACCCGAAGAGCACGCGGGUGCGCUCUGUGUCUCUCUCGCCAACGGGCGACUGGCUUGCGAGUGGAAGCGAGGACGGAGUUGUCCGCGUGUGGGACGUCGCGACGGGUCGAGAGGUCUGGCGCUGGAACCUCAAGGGCGGAGCUGUGCAGCACGUCGCCUGGUCGCCGAACGGAGAGGAGGGUUUGCUUGCCGCGCUCGUUGAGGGACGUAUCGUCAUUCUCUCGCCGCUCGCGCUGCUCAACCCCACUGUGGCCGCUACGACGCUGACGCACGCCAACACUGCCUUCGCCUCGUCGGCUGCUACGACGAAGCAGGGAGCUGGCAGCCAGGUCAAGGGUACCGAGAGCGUCAAGUGGGUGCGUCCGGGAGAGGUGCAGCGUGAGCGUGGUGAGCUCGUCUACGUCGACGUGCCGGGUACGCCGAAGCAGGUGUCGUGGCACCGCAAGGGCGACUACUUUGCCACUGUUGCCGCCGAUGCGGCGAACAAGGCCGUCCUCAUCCACCAGCUGUCCAAGCACGCUUCGCAGUCUCCGUUCAAGAAGACGCAGGGCGCGGUGCAGCGCGUCGCGUUCCACCCGCAGAAGCCGUGGUUCUUCGCGGCCACGCAGCGCUACGUGCGCAUUUACGACCUGGCGGCGCAGAAGCUCGUGCGCACGCUCCAGACGGGUCUCAAGUGGAUCUCGUCGCUGGAUGUGCACCCGGGAGGCGACAACGUCAUUGUCGGUUCGUACGACAAGAAGCUGUCGUGGUUCGACCUCGACCUCGGCAACAAGCCGUACAAGACGCUGCGCUACCACACCCGCGCCCUCCGCGCCGUCCACUUCCACCCCAAGCUGCCCCUCUUCGCGUCCGCUUCCGACGACGGAACCAUCCACAUCUUCCACUCUACCGUGUACGACGACCUCAUGCGCAACCCCCUCAUUGUCCCUCUCAAGAUCCUCCGCGGACACCGCAUCACCGACGGCCUCGGCGUGCUCGACCUCAGGUGGCACCCCGAGAAGCCGUGGCUCGUGUCCUCCGGCGCGGACGGAGAGUGUAGGUUGUGGUGUUCUUAG